AGGGUGAAGAGUUUGUAAAAUUUUUGAACGAUUUCUGAGCUGCACAUUCAAUGUGUGUUGUGUGUGUUUGUGCGUGGCUGAGGGGAAUAAUGUGAGGGGAAACUCCCAAAUAUACAGCUGUAAGAAAGAAUCAGCAUUCUGAUGGUAUGUUUAUAAUGAUGUAGUUCAUCUGACCAGAGCGUCGACCAGCACUUCAUAGAUAUAAGUCUUGUUCAUUUAAAAAUAAAUAAAUAAAUAAAUCUUGUUCAUUUUGGAGCCAUCUAGUGGAGUCAGAGACUUUCAUACAAAGCUGAAAACACAUGUUGGGGCCACAGAUAAUUGAGAUAAGAAAAAAAGCUAGAAAUGAACAGAAAACAGUAUUUUUUUAUUGUUGUUGCAAAUUAAAUGUCAGAGGUACAUUUUUGCAGAUUUUAACCCAUCAGCCUAUUUCUGAAUCUGUAAUAAUUAUUUUUGUCCUAUUGCUCAUUCUCUCACUGCUUAAGGAUGAAUGGCUGCUCUUUUUAUUAAUGCCUUUUAAAUUGAAAUGCUGAUCACUUUCAUUUAUCUAUUUAGUUUUGGAUCUCAUUAUUGCCUAGAAGCUCACCUUCAAUCUGCUUGCCAGUCGUAGCUAGCGGCAAUAUGGAAAGCACACACAUUUUGUUUAUGAUGCAUAGAUGAGGAGCUGACAGGCCCUUACCAAUCAGGAGCCACCGCCACUUAAGCAUGCAAAUGAAGCAUCGAGUUUCAGUCGGCCCCUCUUGCUUCCUUGAGUGAGGGGUAAUGGAGAGCGACUAUGGCGGGUCGCAUGCAUCCAUGCCUCUUAAAUGCUAAUGAAAUUUCUCCAUUCUCUUCAUUAGUCCGGCAUCAUUAUCAGUAAUUUGUAGCCUUCCCCUUUUGUCCCUCUCCACUCCCUUAAUGAAUGCAAGGUAUUGAGAGAAGGCCCAAGAGAGAUAUAGAAAGAGGAAGAGCAAGCAGAAACCGCUUGAGGUAUUGUCUCAGACCCCUGUCAGUCGCCGGGGUGAAAUUACUCAUCGACGGAGUUGUGUAAGUAAAGGUUUAAGAUCAAAAGAGUGCAAUUUGGCACCCGUGUGCGCCACACAAAAGUGACUCUUUGCUGGCAUAAUUGGAUGCUCAUUUGAAUAUCCGCACCGUUGUUUUCGCUGUCGUCCACAACAACGCCACACAGAGGGCUUUCUUGCACUCAACCUGGCAAUCAAUACCCUGAGACUAAAAGUGUGUGUGUGUGUAUACACGCGCACACAUGAGUGUCACGGUGCCUGCGCGACAAACAAAAAACAAAUACAGAACGGAUGAAAAGGUCAUAAUUAAAUGACUCCUUUGAAAUGAAGAAGAGAAGAGGACGGUUAAAGGAAAUGUGAUCCAAUUUAUGCCGUAGCACCUCGUCUUUGUAACAGACCACCCUUCCGACAACACACGCGCAUGCCCUCCACCUUGCCGCACGUAAGGCCGCUAUAGAAGAUGCUAAUUGAGUUUGAUGGGGCCGAAGGUUUAAUAUGCAAAAAAGGGAAACACUUCAAUAUAAGAAAAACAACAUAUGCUGGGGGUAUGGCAGUCAUAAGUGUGUCCUUCUAAGAAUAGUAGAGCUCAGUAAAAGAGGAGAUCUUCUACAUGACAAAAACAUCCCCGGCCUCAAAUUUAGCUCCUCGCUGCCAGAUAUGCAAAUGCUAAUAAAGUAUUAAUGCAAAGCGAGGAGAAAUUUUGCUUUUGACUAAAUGCAUUUCAGCCCUGAAAAAGUAGCAGAAACAUGGGAGAAGAUGAGAGCGGACCAUGGUCGAUCUCAUUGUGUGUUAUUGACUAAAGGGCUCCUUUUGUCAGGGGAGGGUCAGCAGCCCCUGUGUUGCUGCAGAUGUGUGUGAGGCAACAGCUCGCUGCUGUGAAAAAGGCAACGUUUAAAUGAUAAUAAUGAAUGAUGAUGAUGAAAAUGAUAAUAAUGAAAGAACCACUCAUCCUCUCGCUUCUGAGAUUCAGGGACAGCCAUGCCAGGCCCUCAAGAGCACAAUGGGACCGCGUGUGUGUGUGUGUGUGUGUGUGUAUGUAUUUGUUUCUGUGUGGCCAUCUGGCUGUCAUUGUGCCACUGAUUUUACCUCGAAACGCUGUUUAUUUAUUUAUUUAUGUAUUCAAUUAUUUACCUUUUUCAGCGCUUUGGCCACUUGUCCUUGUCUCCAGCAGAAAGCCGCGGCUCUGUGUGGCCAUUUUACAGUCAGGUGGAGUGGCUUUGUGUCUGUCCUGCGUCUGUGUGCGAGCGCGUUGGGGAGGGUGAUGUCAAAGGACCUUGGCCGAGGCUUCGGUUUUAAAAUGUGGUGGAUAUAGCAGAUGCUAUGAUUCUGAAACAGUUAUUUGAAGGCUUGUUCAAGUGUGGAGUCGUAGUUGUGGCAACAUCAAACCGACCACCUGAAGAACUGUACAAAAAUGGGCUUCAGAGGGCUGCUUUUGUGCCUUUCAUUGGUGUACUCAAGGAGCACUGUCAUUCUAUCUGUCUUGACACUGGAAUAGAUUACCGGAAAAGGGAAAUGGAAUCAUCGGAAAGACUAUACUACAUAUCAAGUGAGCCUGAUGCAGAGAAUGCUGUCAAUACUCUGUUUGAGGAACUGGCGUACAGACAAAAUGAUGUAACCAGACCAAGGGUGUUGAACGUGCAGGGAAGAGAAGUAACCUUGAGCCGGACCUGUGGAACCAUUGCGGACUGCACCUUUCAAGAGCUGUGUGAGCGACCGUUGGGUGCUGGUGAUUAUUUAGAAAUCGCACGACAUUUUGACACGGUCAUCAUACGGAAUGUUCCUCACCUUCGGCUUGGAAUGAAGGACCAAGUUAAACGCCUCACCACACUCAUUGACAACUUUUACGACCAAAAGGUUAGAGUGGUGAUGCUGGCUGAUGCACCGUUAGACCGCCUCCUUGAUCAGGGACCGAUGACUGGAGAGGAAGCGAGAGAUCGCCUAAUGCUGGAUGAACUCGGCCUGACUGAUGAGGCCAGUGAGCGGUUGACACUGUUCACAGCAGAUGAAGAGGUCUUUGCCUUCAAGAGGACAGUGUCUCGCCUCACAGAGAUGCAGACAGAACAGUACUGGAUUAGUGGGGAUCGGAGUCGAACGUGAACUGAAACACCCUUGCAGUUACCAACUACCUCUUAGUAGAGUCCACAUUAAAACAUAUGGGGUGGUACAUUUCCAUCACCAUACUACUUUACAGGCAAUUGGAAUCAUCCAUAUGCUCACAGCACCAUUAAUAUGCACAACUGAAUCUCAUUGACAGCAGUAGAAUGCACAUGCUGCUAAAUGAGAAGAUGUCUAGCACCCUCUAGUGGAUCAUGUAUUCUGCAGUAUUUAGAAAAUGUAAAAUGUACUUUGGAUUACAAUAUCUGUGAGGGAGAAAAAAAAUCGUUCUAAAUGUAAUGCCAAAAAAAAAAAAAAAAAAAAAUAUAUAUAUAUAUAUAUUUGAAUGUUUGUCUUUAAUGUGAAUGUACACAGUUAUGCCCAUUUCUGCCACAUAAGAAAUAAAUGCUCAUAAUUUAUCUACAUAAGUAAUAAUUAUGACAAAAUUGAAAUUCUGAGAUAGCCAUUUAUAUAUAUAUAUAUAUAUAUAAAUAUAUAUAGUCUUUUUUUGUUGUUGUCAUGAUUAUGACUUGGUAUCUCACAAUUCUGACUUUUAAAAAAAUUAUGAGAUAAAGUUGAAAUUAUGAGGAGAAGUUAUUAUGACAUCAGUUAGUUUUUGUCAAAAUUAUGACUUGGAAUUUUACCAAAGCAUGAUAUUUUUCUAAUGUGGCAGAAGUGAGCUUCCAUACUUAAAUUAUUAAAAUGGUUACAAUAAAACUUCAAA